AUGGCCUGGACUCUUCUCCUCUUCUUCCUCCUUCAUUGUACAGGUUCUGUGGCCUCCUAUAUACUGACUCAACCUCCCUCAGUAUCAGUGGCCCUAGGUCAAAAGGUCACAAUCACCCGCUCUGGAGAUAAACUCUCAGUUAAGUAUGUUCAAUGGUACCAGCAGAAGCCAGGCCAAGCCCCUGUGCUGGUCAUAUAUAAAGAUAGUAGUUGGCCCUCUGGGAUCCCUGACCGAUUCUCUGGGUCCAAUUCAGGGACAACAUUCGCACUGACCAUCAGUGGAGUCCUGUCUGAGUAUGAGGCUAUCUAUUACUGUUCAUCACCUUAUGGUGAUGAUAACAUUGCUUUAUUUGGCAAAGGAACCAAGCUCACCAUCCUAGUUCAGCCAAAGUCCACUCCCACAGUCACAGUGUUUCCACCAUCUUCUGAGGAGCUCAAGACAAACAAAGCCACAGUGGUGAGUAUGAUUAACGACUUCUACCAGAGUAGUGCAACAGUGACCUGGAAGGCAAAUGGUGUACCUAUCACCCAGGGUGUGGAGACAACAAAUUCCUCCAAAUAUAAUGAAAAGUACUUGGCCAACAGCUUCCUCACUUUGACAGCGGACAAGUGGAGAUCUCAUGACAUCUACUCCUGCCAAGUUACACAUGAAGGGGACAUUGAAGAACAGAGUGUGUCCCCUGCAGAUUGUCUCUAG